GUGGUCGACAAAUAGUCGGUAGACCUCUCUCUCUCUCUCUGUUCUCUCUUCUCUCUCUGUCAUUGAAGCUAACGAAGAUUCCAACAGCUCUUCUCCACUCGAAGUUCUCUCUCCCCGAUUCCACCCAUACCUCCGCCACUAAAUCUGCCGGAAUUUUUGCUGGCGGUGAUGGAGAACGCCGACGUGUUCGGCUCGUCAACGGCGCCUCUGACGUGGCACGACUUCCUGGAGCGCAUGCGACAACCCUCGGCGGCCGAUUUCGUCAAAGCCAUCAAAAGUUUUAUUGUGUCAUUUUCAAACAACCCACCUGAUCCAGAAAGGGACAGUGCUGCUGUACAGGAGUUUCUUUGCAACAUGGAAGCAGCUUUCAGGGCUCAUUCUCUUUGGGCUGGUUGUUCAGAGGAGGAGUUGGAAAGUGCUGGCGAAGGACUGGAGAAGUAUGUCAUGACGAAGUUAUUUCCUCGUGUGUUUGCUUCAGUUCCUGAUGAUGUGAAAGUUGAUGAUGAACUUCACGAAAAGAUGGCUCUAAUUCAGCAAUUUAUACACCCAGAGAACUUGGAUAUCCAGCCAAUUUUUCAAAAUGAAACCUCAUGGUUGCUUGCACAGAAAGAGCUACAAAAGAUCAAUAUGUACAAGGCGCCAAGAGACAAGCUAGUUUGUAUCCUCAACUGUUGCAAGGUCAUCAAUAACUUACUGCUCAAUGCUUCUAUUGCUGAAAACCAGAAUCCACCUGGAGCUGAUGAAUUUCUUCCUGUUCUCAUUUUUGUUACUAUAAAGGCAAACCCUCCGCAGCUACACUCCAAUUUGCUAUACAUACAACGUUACAGGCGGCAAUCCCGACUAGUUGCAGAAACAGCCUAUUUUUUCACAAAUAUUCUCUCAGCAGAAUCCUUCAUUUUGAAUAUUGAUGCCAAUGCCCUUUCGAUGGGCGAAGCCGAGUUUCAAAAUAACAUGGAAUCUGCCCGAGUCCUCUUGUCUGGCCUUUCAGCAGAAUCUGAUGAUACGUCUAGCCAAAGUGAUAAAAACCUUAUUGCUAGGGCAGAACCCACUGAGCCUAAGCAACAAGCUUUUACUACAAACAAGCAUCAGGACCCUAGAGUGCAAUCUCAUUUCUCAGUUGGAUCAUCUGAAGCGAAAUUGGGGAAUAAGGAGAAAGCAUCUGGAAAAGAUCAGCAAACAAUAUCCAAUGUUCUAUCCACAUCAGAUUUGGAGAAUAUAGGAGCAUCUAUGCUUAUGAUGGAGGACCAAGUGAGCCAAAUCUUUCAAGAUUUUCCGUAUUUAUUCUCCCAAGCCGGUGACCUAACAGUCAGUAAUGUAGAAGAGCUCCUAGAUAAUUACAAACAACUUGUUUUCAGGUAUGUUUGUCUUUCUAAAGGAAUGGGAAUUUCGAUUCCAUCUCCUCCGUUGUCCAAUUCACACCAUCAAUCUGAACUUAUAGCCAAAAAUGCAAAUGAAUCUGAAGAUACCAGAGCAGAAGAGUCUAAUUAUGAGACGGAAAAAGAUACUGAUAGGACUGAUGAUGACUCAAAUGGUGUCUCGCUGCCUGUAGUGGAAAAGUCGGAAUCCAAGAUAGUACAAGAUGAAGCAUUGGAGUCUCAAAGUGUGGUGAAUGAUUAGAUUUCCCCAAGAUAACUCGCGAGGCAUGCUCUACAUGCAGGAUAUACGUGGAUUUAUGGAAAUGGUGGCCAUCCGAGCUUUCUAGAUUUCUCAAGGGAUAAAAUGUCGGUGUUGGGUCCCAAUUUGCAAGUUUGGCAGUUUGUUUCUGGAUGGACAUGGAGAGAACACAGACUGAAGCGAAUCCAGAAAUUUGAGCAGGAGAUAUAAGGCCCGAGUAAUGUACUUUGCUUCAGAAUCAUUUUGUCUUCCUCAAUGUGUUGAAGCUAUUGUUGCAUGUGAAUGCUGGGGGAGCGGAAGCCCCUUUCAGAUGGUAGGAAUUGGCUGUCGUCCAGUCUGAUUGUAAAACUAGUUGCCAUUGUUGUCUAGAUCAAGAAACGUGAUUUCAUGAUCUGUUUUGGGAAAUGUGUUUUCUUGAAAGUUCCCUUGAAACAACUUUUGGGAAAGCACACUUUUAUUGUGUUAAGUGAAUUUUUGGGACCUACCGUGAAACCAACGAGAUAUGAUACUGAUGUCUUUUCAAA